GAGGGAGCGAAGGAGCAUCGCGUGUCCGAGACUUUGUGUUUCUCUUCUAAUACCGCACAUAUCAAUAAUUCAGCGCGCGAGCAGACGGACCCCCGCGCUAUGCAUGCAGCUGCGCUCCGGCUUUACAGGGGCCGCGUUCCGCUCGUCACCAGUUAUUCCAUUAGUGAGUGAGAGGAAAAGGGGGGGGCGCAAAAACUGGGAAUGAGAGACUUUAGGAAGCUCAACAAAUUUUUGUAAAAAAAAAAAAAAUAAUAAACGAGGAAACGUGAGGAAAGAAACGUUCCGCGUCUCCGCAUAACACUGGGAAGAUACUUACGGAGAAUCCUGCUUUGGAAAAGAGAAUUGAAAGUGAUUUCGAAGAAACGGGAAUUGUGUUAACGAUAAGGAGUGGCCAAUCUGCCAUCUUUAUUGAAACAACAAAUAAAGAAAUCUGCAUAUAUUUGCUCAGGAUGCUGCGUUCAGGUGCAACUACAUCUCCAGUCAUGUUUGCCUUGCUUGUAAGUGCGCUGUGGCUGGCGGGACUUGCCGGCGCUCAGAAUGAGACGGAGCCCAUUGUGCUGGAGGGUAAAUGCCUGGUCGUUUGCGACUCCAACCCAACUUCGGACCCGACGGGAACGGCGCUCGGGAUAUCGGUGCGAUCUGGUAACGCCAAAGUGGCUUUCUCCGCCGUAAGAAGCACAAACCACGAACCGUCGGAGAUGAGCAAUCGGACAAUGGUCAUCUACUUUGAUCAGGUUCUAGUGAACGUGGGGAAAAAUUUCGACACAGAAAGAAGUAAUUUCAUUGCUCCCCGCAAAGGGAUUUACAGUUUCAAUUUCCACGUAGUGAAAGUGUACAAUCGUCAAACGAUCCAGGUGAGCCUCAUGCACAAUGGCUGGCCGGUGAUCUCCGCCUUCGCCGGGGACCAGGACGUGACUCGCGAGGCCGCCAGCAACGGUGUCCUGAUCGCCAUGGAGAAGGGCGACCGAGCGUACCUCAAGCUGGAACGGGGAAACCUCAUGGGGGGCUGGAAGUACUCUACGUUUUCGGGGUUCCUGGUCUUUCCCAUGUAGAGGACGAUAAUGGACCGAAGAACCUGGGGGACU